ACGACCUUCAAUGCUUCUGUCAUCCAGGAUGAUUACAGGAAGGAGCAGAUUGCGUACAUCAACGCUCAUCUUAUCGAUUUCAACUCGUAAAUGACCCACACUGUAUCGAGUAUGCCUGCCUUGCUUGCAUGCCCCUCGCCACGAAAAUUUGAGUCUUCGGUUAUGAGCGAACAUUGAUACCCGACCCGUUGCUCGACCGUCUUUGAACAUUGCCAUCUCUACUCUCAGCACAGCUAACAAGAGCAUGGACAGUCAGAGCCUGUUCAGUGUCAGGGGAAAGGUCGUGCUCGUGACCGGUGGUGGUCGAGGCGUCGGCGAGAUGAUUGCCUCUGGCUUCGUCGCGAACGGUGCCAAAGUGUACAUAUCUUCGAGGGACGCCAAAGCAUGUGAGGAAACGGCGAAGCGGCUCUCAGCAGUUGGUCCAGGACAAUGCCUUGCCAUUGCUGCAGAUUUGUCAAAGUAUGAAGAAUGUGUCAGGCUGGCCAAGGAGCUUGAAAGAAGGGAGGAGGCUCUCCAUAUCUUAGUUAACAACUCUGGAGCUGCAUGGGGCGACGAACUGGAUACUUAUCCCGAUGCGGCAUUCACAAAGCUCUUGACGCUCAACGUUCAACGUGUCUUUACGCUGACUCAAAAGCUACUCCCUCUGCUUCGACACGGCAGCGGUCAAGAUGGUCCCAGUAGAGUCAUUAACAUUGGCUCGGUCAACGGUAUCAAUGUGCCCGUAUUUGAGACAUACGCCUACUCAGCAUCCAAAGCCGCAUUGCAUCAACUCUCCCGCCAUCUCGCUGUAAAGCUCGGUCCCGUCAUCACCGUCAAUGCGUUGGCUUUGGGACCUUUCAGGUCGAGAAUGAUGCAGUCGACCCUGGACAGUAUUGAGACCGAAUUGUCAGAAUCACUUCCGAUGAAACGCAUCGGAAGGGCAGAGGACGUAGCUGCAGCUUGUCUCUGGCUGUCCUCAAAAGGCGGAGAAUGGGUUACGGGAACAGUCAUCCCCAUCGAAGGAGGAGGACUCGUAUCGCCAGACGCAAAAUUAUAAGCUUGCAUUUUGGCUUCUAUGUACAAUGUCCAUGACUUCUAUGGUGAUAGAGUAUACACAGUGAUCAACGAUCUCUUACAACAUGUCC